GUUGUUUUGUUUUUAAAGUAUUACUUUUGGCUUUGUUCUAUUAACGUUUUUUAUUAAAAAAUUUUUUAAAAUGUCAUUUAGUGGAACAUGAUAACAUUAGUCUCUUUGUCAACCAUCGUUUAUUUUAUUACUACACAAAUUUCACAAGCCUAAAUCUACCUUAAAAUAAAAAGAUAUCUUAACAACAAAUUUGAACGCGUUUAAAUCAAUACAUUUUAUUAAAGCAAUACAAGAAGAUGUAAGUUGUUGAUGUCGGUUAUGCCAUAAACACAGAAUGAAAAAAUAAUAUGAAUGACUCAAGCAAAUACAUUAUUAUUCAAAUCCAUAUUUUCCUGUUAUGUGGGCACUUAGCUUUUACUGCAGAUGUCAGAAUUUCCACAUCCUUUUUGGAAGCAACCUAUGGUAAUACUGUCGACAUGCAUUGGAAAAUAAUACUCGAUACAGGUCAAACAAUUAACAGUUUUACUGUGAAUUUAAAAUCACGGCCAGAAGAUUCAAUAAUAUUUGGUAGUGCAAAUUAUCAAAAUAUUGCCAACAAAGGGAAGGAGUUAUUUGGAAACAGACUCUCUGCUGUGUAUGACAAGACCACAAGUACCUACAGAGUUUCAUUGAAGAAUAUCCAGUACAACGAAACCUUAUCCUUUCAGUUAACUACAACUUUAAGCAAUCCAUUGUUUGGGAAGCAAACAACAAUUGAAAUAAAGGAUGUUAAAGGUAGCCCUAGAAUCUGUGGUAAAAGUUUGAAAUCUAUAUACACUGUAAGUGAUACUGCUGUGUUAACAGUUACACAAGAUAUAUGUGGACAUCCAAAACCUUUUGUGAAAUGGAAAUUAGAAAAAGACAACACUUUUAGUGAUUCGUUUAGUUCUUUGUUAAUGAGUAAUACAUCAAGAAAGUACAGAUAUAGCUUUGCAACACGCAACAUAAUACGUUCCGAUUGUGGGGAAAAAAUUAUGUUUAAUGCAAGAAAUAAAUUUGGAAACUUCAAUGGCAGUUCAACAAUUUACAUUUCCUUUAAACCUUCAAAGAUCACGUUAACAACAUCGUACAGAUAUAAUGCAAGCUGUGUUUAUUUGACUUGGCAUAAAGAAGAUACUGGUAAUUGCUUAUUGACAUAUCAUUUGAAAUUUGAUGAUAAAGAUGAUGUUUACAGCACCUUCAACACAAAUUUUAAUCUCUGUCAUUCAUCUUGUGCUGCAAGUGCGUCUGUUUGGGCAUCAUACAAAGGAAAUGCUGGUUAUAAAAAUAGCAUUAACCUCCGUUCAAUACCAUCACGACCAGAUACUACCAUCAUGCCAAGUUCUAGAACAACGACUAGAGGGAAAGCUACGCAAAGCCCAGAUCACUGUCAGUACGCUAGUGAAAAUGCAUUUGGCAUUACCACUAUAGUAAUCACUAUAGUUACCACUAUAGUAAUUGGAGUGAUUUUCAACAUCGUUAUUUUUGUGAUUUUGAAACACAAAGGUUUUAUAAUAUUUAUCAAAAAUCCUAAAAAAAGAUUGCAACAUACGAAACGAAGAAAUGAUGAUAACUAUGAAGUAACACAAAUAACAUCAUCUCAUUAUGCCGAUCUGAACGUCAAAUCUGUGUAACCGAGUAUUUACGCUGAUUUAACGAAGGCAACAGAUCCAACGAAAAAGUAUGCCGAAAUUGAGUUAAGCGAAAUAAAAAGAAAUAUGCAUGCUAACUAACACAUUCCAGCCGGCACACCAACGUCGAAGAGACAUCGUAGCGACGUCGACUUUUACGUCGGUGCGACGUCCGCUUUACGUCAGAAUGGAAAGUUGCGCAGACGUGGAAGUUCGAUGUCUGUACGACGUCAGAGCAUAACAUCCUAUCGACGUCGUGGCUACGUUUUAUAGGCAUCUACCGAUGAAACAAACGUAUAACUGCGAAGUUAACCGACGUUACAGCGACUUAGCUGCGAUGUUAACAGACUUAAAAAAGAGGCUCUUUAAAACAAAAAGUGAUUUUUAAAAUUAUUUCCUUUUAUAAUCAACUAGUAUUCACAUUCGUUAAAUUACACUAAUACCAAAAACACUUGAUAACUCAUAUUUAUUUACUAUAACUUUAUGUUCUCCAGCAUAAACAUUUUUCAUAACCUCUGCAUUUUUCACGUCCGUCUUCAUUAUCGAAAGGACUUUUCAUCGACUUUUUCUUCUAUUUGCUAUAGAAAGAAAAUAAAGGUAUUAUAUCUAACUAGUGAUAUAAAUUGCAAGUAGAAUUUGUCACAGAACGAAGAUAUACGCUUUUUAUAUAAGAACAUUUCUCGGAAAUCACAAGAUGUGUAAUUGCAAAGCUAGGUGUUCAAAGAAAUAUAUAUUAACAUA